CUUCCUUUCUCUCUCACUCAGUCACUCUGCUUUUUGAAUUCGUUAACCCUUUUCAGUUCUGAGCAAAUCAAACGGAUACUUUGAUUUUAAAUCACAUGAAUUCACUUGGGUUUUCUUGGAUUUGUUUUAAUUUCUUGUUCUAGUUGUCAAUUCAAAACCAAUACGCCGUUGAAUUUUAGGGUUUUGUUUCUAGGGUUCCUUUCUUCUUUCUUUUCUUUUCCGGUUUUCUUGCUGCAUUGAGUGAUGUCGACGGUAACACACAAUCGGAAAGCUUCAGGAACGACGUCGUCACUUGCAAAGCGACAGGCGUCGGAGAAUGCCGUCGGGAAAUCAAUGGCUUUACCGCCUCACAUGGCCAAGAAACGUCCUGCUCUCGCUAACGUCACGAAUCAAAGACCCACCUCUCAUAACAUCUCAAAAAGCACAUCUAAUUUGAAGGGAUCUUCAAUUGUCAACAACAAUGGCGCCUCAUAUGGAAGUAUCUUCUCAUCAUCAACCGACGUGAAACCAACUGCUUCAACUAAGAGUAUACCUACAUCAAGAAAAGAUGCAAUCGUUCCUCCUGUUCAGUCAAAAAUGGACGUGUCUCCAUCUAAAUCCGACAUGGAUGAAACAAUGUCCACAUGUGAAUCUUUGAACAGCCCAGAUGUUGAAUACAUCGACAACAAUGACAUUGCAGCAAUGGAGUCAAUCGAGAGGAAAACAUGCAGUAAACUGAACAUCUCGGAUCAUACUGAAACAACAGGAACAGUAUGCAAGAGAGAGAUACUUAUGGAGAUGGGGACAAAUGACAAGAUUGUCGAUCUUGAUGUUGAUUUCAUGGAUCCACAGUUGUGUGCAACUAUGGCGUGUGACAUUUAUCAACACCUUAGAGCAUCCGAGGCAAAGAAAAGACCUUCAAUUGAUUUCAUGGAGAAAGUUCAGAAAGAUAUCAAUCCCAGCAUGCGUGCAAUCCUAAUAGACUGGCUUGUCGAGGUUGCAGAAGAGUACAGAUUGGUGCCCGAUACAUUGUAUUUGACUAUUAACUAUAUUGACCGAUAUCUUUCUGGCAAUUUGAUGGAUAGACAACGAUUGCAAUUGCUUGGAGUUGCUUGCAUGAUGAUUGCUUCGAAGUAUGAGGAGAUCUGUGCACCACAAGUGGAAGAAUUCUGCUACAUUACUGAUAAUACAUACUUCAAAGAUGAGGUGUUGCAAAUGGAAUCUUCGGUUCUAAAUUUCUUGAAGUUUGAAAUGACUGCCCCAACAUCGAGAUGUUUCUUGAGGCGAUUUGUUCGUGCUGCUCAAGGAGUAAAUGAGGCUCCUUCGAUGCAAUUAGAGUGUUUGGCAAGCUACAUAUCCGAGUUAUCUCUUCUCGAGUAUAACAUGCUCUGUUAUGCUCCUUCCCUUGUUGCUGCAUCAGCCAUCUUUUUAGCAAGAUUUGUACUUGUUCCAUCAAAGAAACCUUGGGAUUCGACAUUGAGGCAUUAUACUCGGUAUCAGCCAUCGGAUUUGAGUGAAUGUGUGAAGGCUCUGCAUACUCUUGUUUGUGAAUGCCCCAAUUCUAGUUUGCCAGCAAUCAGGGAAAAGUACAGUCAACAUAAGUACAAGUUUGUAGCGAAGAAGCAUUGUCCUAGGUCAAUACCGGUGGAGUAUUUUGAGAACAUUAGCAGCUAAGAAGGUGAAGGUGUGAUGACAGAGGCAGGAAGCAGAAGCAGUGGCAGGAGUCUUUUUUCCAAUGUUCUGUUGGAUAGAUCCAACCAACAUGCUACUUGUAAUUGUGUUCUACUAAUGCAAUGAAUAGAUGAAUGUUUUUUUU